GGAAUCGACGCUACCUGCCACUAGUGUCCGCGCUUCGUACCCGUAGUGCAGCUCUCUACGUACCAUUGCCAACCCGAGGUGAGGAUCCCCCGCGAUCGGAAACCUUUGCGGACCAAGAAACCCGUACGGUACAAACGAGAUAUCUUCGACAGAUCCGUUCCGCAGCGAGAGGACCGAACAGCACCAUCCAUCCCCCGAAAGAGUGCUUCGUUUCGUUCAGACCGAUCGGAAUCGGUGCCUUCGCCCCGACAAGCAAAUAACCCACACACCGCAACCCCCRUUCCUUUCUCGGUCGGUCGGUCCGUCCGUCUUGUAAGAACCCCGAGAUGCCGCCGCCGCCCCCUCCUCCCCCCCCACCGCCUCCGCAGCAAGCCGGCAGGAGGGAGGCGAACCCCGGAUUCGGCACCGCCAGAGCCGUCCCCCAGACCUAUUUUCGACCCCCGCCGCCCCCUCCUCCGCCGAAACCCCGUCCGGUGCAGUACGCGCCCGCCUCUGCCGCGGCGUCUUCUCCGUCGUCGACGACGUCGUCGCUGAUGCACCGACCGUCCUACGGUGGGGUUUCCCCGCAUUCGGUGCAAGAGCCGUACGGCAGGGUCCAGGUUCCCUCGUGGUCGAACGCCGACAUGUCCCACCGCAGCAAGAGCACCGAGGUGCUCCGGGAGUCUCCCUACGGGUUGCCGGMAACUUCYACCGAAAACGGGCGAUCGACGGAGGAACCACAACGAUCCCCGAAGGGUAAGCAACCCACGGCUCGCUACCAGCACAAUGCGGCGUCCCUGUCCUUUCUGGUGCCGGCCCUGAGCUCCAUCCUCUGGUGGCACGAUUCGAUCAUCGUGCUGCAGGUCUUCCUGUUCGUGGCCCUGGGCCUGUACGCCCUGGAUCUGAUGAAUUCCCGAGACGGCAUGGCACUGGGAGCGUGGAUUGCUGCCCUGAUCAUGACGGUGGCCAGCGGCUACGGAGCCCUGCUGCAGGUCGACGAUGCGGGUGCCGUCGACGUGUCGAUGGCUGGUUUUCUGUUGCAGCUGGCGGUAGAAGGGAUGCUCUUUUGCGCAUGGGUGAGUCAUUUGAGCCUGGCGUUUCGCAACGAACGAGAAACACCGGGUCUGGAUCGUUUUGCGAGCGUYCGGCUCUCCGGUAUGCAUGUGCGCGUCGAUCCGAGAAUAUUUGAUGCACUGUCUCACCCUAUCGAUAUUGAUUGCAGGCUUGCUGGAUCACUCUGCAGUUUCAGUGGUUGUACUCUGAUCUUCCAUCACUGGCCAGGGGAAUGGAAGUGACGUUGCACUCCUUGGUGCCCCCUGUGUGUGCGGGAAUUCUGACGAAUCACUUGGUYAGGCUUCUCGAGGACUAUUGGGGAGUGGAUCGCGUUGCGACGUUUGCCCCGCUCGCGUUUGCGGCCUUUAUGGCUGCGGGCAUGAUUUCUACGGGAUGCAGCCGUUCGCAUUUCGGAUCCAASAAACGGUCGAGCCCCGAUGGUUCGAGUUUCACCAUCACGUCCUUCAGUGCCUACAUGCACACUAUUGUUCUCUUGUUGGUGCCAGGGAUGAUGCACGUUCUGAUGUUUCGAGACAGAAUCAUGAACCGAUAUGCCUCGCUGGAGGACAUGUACGACCUGGCGAUUGUUUGGACAGUUCCCUACCUCUUGCAGUGCGCUGUUCUCGGCAUGUUCGAAAAAUGUCCUUACUCGUUGCCGAAAAUCUUGUUUCCGAGCCGAAGCAGCACGGCAUUCCUGGGUGCCUUUGUGCCGGUAGUCGCCACGCUAACGGCCUCGAUUGCAGCGCAGCAACGCUAUCUCAUUCCGGUGUGCAACAGAAUCGCGUACGAGUUCAAUGGGCACAACGUGGCAUCGACGCUGGUCGUGUCGGCAUAUCUGACCUCGGCGACUCUGUCGGGCUUGUUUGCCGUUUGGAUAUGGGGAAGAACUUCUUCCGUAACCAACGAGCUGUUCUUUGGAGAAUACCACGAGGACAUUGUUCAGGCAUCCAUCUCUCUGUCGGGCAUGUUGCUCGGCAAGGCAUUCGGAUUCCCGUGGAAUUUGACACCGCUACCGAUCCUGGCAUUUCUCGGACUCAGCGUKUGGAUCACAACGAAAAUGAUGCGGUAUCUCUGCAUUUUCCUCUUUGUCCUACACGCUACKGGCAUUGUGGUCUUCGGCUACCGCUUUGCGGGGAUAAAUGUGACCAUACCCUUGCCGAUUCCCGGCAUCGAGAUGAAUCUCGUGCGGUUUGGAACGGCCGAAGUAUUCUGUUCCGUACUGAUCGGCCUUGUUGCUGGAUUCGCAACACGAUCCGAAGGAGGCGUUGGCGCGUCRCUUCUGAAACGGAUUGAUGUUCCCGGUAUCAUCCUUGUUGUCUAUUGCCUGUCACUGACAGUAUUGGAAACGACACUCAUACGCCAACCAUUGCCCGAAACCGUUCCAACGAUGGAAGUUGACUCCGAUGUGGAAGAUUCAGAUUUUGUAUACGAUCACGCAAGUUCUCUGAUAACKACUUGUCUCAUCRUUGGGGUAGCUGCCUACACAAGACGYUUGGAUAUGAUCUCSAAACUAAUGUAUGUCGCCGCCAUUUCGGUGGGCAUCGGGAAAGGCAUUGCGGUUUUUAUCGAUGCGAGUGAAUCCGAUAGSAAAAUUCGAUCGGAACACAGUGAAGAGCAUCUGGCACAACGCCUGUUGUAUAKAGCGCUCAUCACUUCUGCGCUGGUCUUUAUUAUGCUUGUUCCUAGCGCACUCAUGAAACCAAUCCGCAUGAAGACCGGUCACARRUACCACCGAACUACGUCAKMUGGCAAACUUACUUCCUCAAUCGCACCAGGUGCGAUUCGGAACGUAGCCAUAUAUUGUCUUUUCGUCCUCCCAUCAGCAGUGAUCGUCUCUGUCCCGACGGUAUUGAGCCCAUUGAUAAUGGCAUUAUCAGCUCAUUACAACCUGGGAACAUACUACAACAUGGCCCUUCCUCUCUCGGAGACUGUUGGAUGUGCAAUGGCACUAUGGGGGAUCGCUAGUCUCUAUAUGUUGAACCAUUACCUCCCAGACGGCGGUGGAGAAAGCUGGAAGAAAACAGCAGCGCUCGCAUUUCUCAUGGGUAUGGGUAUCGCACUAUCAGCUCCUACAGUACCGGAGUGGAUCGUCGGCGAAGAUGACCUUGGUAUCUCCAAUCCAUACGCGGGAAUCUCCAGUCUAGGAACGCGACUAACAACCGAAGGCCACAACAGAACCGGCGGCUGGGGAAUUAUGUUAGCGUCAUUGGCAAGUUUGCUAGCAAUUAUUGGUCCUUUUGAAUUGCGCGAGAGACGGCACCCCUCGGGAAGGAAAGAUAGAACACUGUUCUUGCGUCUAAUGAUGUUCAGUUUAAUGUUUGGAUGCGGAAUAGCUUGGUUCAUUACCAUCGUAAGCAUGAGCGAACAGGAUUUCUGGUCACUGGCCAUCACGACCCUCGCUUGUAUGGUAUUAUCUUUCUUCGGGACCGUGACUUGCGUUCUUGGAUACUUCAUUGACCUGGACGAUUUCGAUGAAGUGGGCGACAUGGCAAAAAUAACUUUUGGAGCAUUUGUAUUAYUGCUUUUGGUGACUUGUGCUCCAAGCUUCCUAUUUCCAUCUACUUCAACAAAUCUUUUCGCACCGGGAGGUUGCCUGUCGACGUAUCUCAUCGUCGCCGCUGGUGUAAAUCUAGCAUUGACUUUUGCUGUUCGAUCAAGAAUAUCGAAGAGUACAUCGUCCAGGAGUAUUGGCAACCUGGGCUGCAUUUCKUGCUAUGUUCUCACCGUGAUAAAUCUCUUCGGUAGACUUGGAGUAGCCGGACUGGAUGCCGAACUUGGACUUACAGUUUUCAUGGGAGUUCCGGCAUCUCUAUUUGGAACAGUUUUCAUUUCUCCUAUUCUUCUUUUUCUGGAGGGAGAAGGAUCUGUUGAAAGUUACUCUCGGACGAUUUCACGAGCUUCGGGGGCMAAAAARAAACAGACAAAGGUUGUAGGAAUUACGAUGAAUUAUCUCAAUGGUUCAAACAUGUUUGUUCCUCCUGUCGUUGGGACGWUGUUUGUCUUUUACUUGGUAGGAUUUCAUACAAUCUUUUUGCGCGGGUCGCCCUUCCUUAAAUCGAUCCUUGAAUCCAAAUUUUGGCCCAAAAGUACGGUUGAAACUGUGUCGAACACAGUCAGAUUGAACAAAGAUUUUCUGUUGCAGCUGGCAGAGAAAGCAACAUCAAAAAGCAAAGCUUACGCAAUUUCGAGUAAGCUUGAAGGGAGUGGUUUCUGGACUUCGACAACGCUUUAUGAACCACAGCUUCAUACUGCUGGAUUGCUCGCUACAAUACCAAGCGCAUAUUUCCUCUUCUCUGAACUUUGGUAUGGCGAGAAAAAGUCGAAACUCAAAAUAUUUUUCGCUCUUCCUAUGAACAUCCUACCCCUCGUUGUCUGCAAAGGUACACCUUCGAUUCGCGCAGUGAGCAUUUUCCUUUUGUUAAGGGGGUUAAUUCAACUCUUUUCAUCGCGACAAAAGGAUCGUUCUCACAUGAAACUCUAAUUUGAUCAUCGACUUUUUCAAUACGAUAGUUUAGAAAAAUAGUCUCAUGUGUAGCAUUAUAAUAAUAAAAAUUUAUUACG